UCUUGAGAGUCCUCGGUUGUGCUGCUUUGUCAGAAUUGACCGCAUGUGUUUAGAUAUUUGCCUCCAGAUCUUCUGUCGAGUAUGGCCCUGCUGAAGGGCAGUGCCCCCUGAGAAAAACACUCAAGCAGAAUCUCAGCUGUGACAGAAUACUGAAAGCGGUACCGCAGAAACUAUGUAAGCUGGUUUUGCCCUCCUGGAGUAAACAUGAUGAAAACAGAGUCUUCAGGAGAAAGGUCAACCCUCCGAAGUGCCUCUCCUCACAGGAAUGCUUACAGAACUGAGUUUCAGGCGCUGAAAAGCACCUUUGACAAACCGAAAUCGGAUGGAGACCAAAAAACGAAAGAGGAAGGAGAGGCCUCGCAGAGCAGGGGAAGGAAAUAUGGCUCAAAUGUCAAUAGAAUUAAGAACUUAUUUAUGCAAAUGGGCAUGGAGCCCAGUGAAAGUGCUGGAGUUACCCCUAAAACCAGGGGGAAGGGUGGCCCUCCGUCACCUCAAAGACGAAUUAGGCCCAAAGAAUUUGUAGAAAAAGCGGAUGGUUCAAUUGUAAAAUUGGAAUCAUCCGUCUCAGAAAGGAUUAGUAGAUUUGAUACUAUCCAUGAUGGUCCUUCCUAUUCCAAGUUUACUGAAACUCGGAAGAUGUUUGAGCGAAAUGCUCAUGAAACAGGACAUUCCAAUCGCUAUUCCCCAAAGAAAGAGAAAGUCGUUUCCAAUGAGCUUCCGGAUGAAUGGUGCAGCUCUAAGUCUCACAGAGGCAGCACUGAUUCACUGGACAGUCUUAGCCCAAGGACAGAGACCGUCUCUCCAACUGUGAGUCAGCUCAGCGCAGUUUUUGAGAACACUGACUCACACAACGUAAUCAUUGUAGAAAAGUCAGAGAACAAUGAAGAGUACUCUGUAACUGGUCACUAUCCGCUAAACCUCUCGUCUACUGUCGCAAAUAUCUCCUCCCCAGUUGCAAACCUUGAGGGUUUCAGUCCUCUGAAAGAUACCAGCACGUGGUCUCCGCCAGCCAAACAGAGUACAGGCUUGAUGUCUGCCGAGAACUCUCAGCAGAAUAGCACGCCUUCAGCACUGAGACAGAAGACAUCCACAGGCACUUUGGCAGGUUCAAAAACAACUGAAGAAAUAAAGAAGAGUACAGAGGCAAGUGCUGAUUCUGUUGAGAGCUCUGCAGUGAGUCAACAGGAUUUGGUCAACGUGCUUGACAGUGAAAGAUCUGUGGACAGCUGUGGUAGGAGUAAGUCAAAAACAGAGACAGAAGUUUUGUUGCAACAAAAGGAAUGGUCAGAGCAUGCAGAGGGUGUCUUUGAUAGACCCGAAGCUGCAGAAGUACCAAGAAACGUAGCUUCAGGUGGUGAUUUUGCCACAGAUGCUGUUUCAGACGCUACUGAGUCCCAUUAUGAUGAAGCAAGUGAAAAAGAAGUGCAAGAAGAUGUGAAUAAUUUUCAGAGUUCCCACGUGUACAUGCACUCUGACUACAAUGUGUAUCGGGUACGAUCGAGAUAUAAUUCUGACUGGGGAGAGACAGGUACAGAACAGGAUGAUCAGGAUGACAGUGAUGAAAAUAACUGUUAUGAACCUGAUAUGGAAUAUUCUGAAAUUAAUGGAUUGCCAGAUGAAGAUGAAAUCCCAGCCAACAGAAAAAUACAGUUUAGCCGUGCUCCAAUUAAGGUUUUCAAUACAUAUUCCAAUGAAGACUAUGACAGGAGAAAUGAUGAAGUUGACCCAGUGGCUGCAUCAGCUGAAUAUGAACUUGAGAAGCGUGUGGAAAAGCUGGAGCUCUUCCCAGUUGAACUAGAAAAAGAUGAAGAUGGACUUGGCAUAAGCAUUAUUGGAAUGGGAGUCGGAGCAGAUGCAGGCCUUGAAAAACUGGGAAUAUUUGUCAAAACAGUAACAGAAGGUGGGGCAGCAGAAAGAGAUGGCAGGAUCCAAGUGAAUGACCAAAUUGUGGAAGUUGAUGGCAUCAGUCUGGUUGGUGUUACGCAAAAUUUUGCUGCAACUGUUCUUAGAAACACCAAAGGGAAAGUCAGGUUUGUAAUUGGACGAGAAAAACCGGGCCAAGUGAGUGAGGUUGCGCAGCUGAUUAGCCAAACUCUAGAACAAGAACGCCGCCAGAGAGAGCUGCUGGAGCAGCAUUAUGCACAGUAUGAUGCAGAUGAUGAUGAGACAGGGGAAUAUGCUACAGAUGAAGAAGACGAAGACAUGGGACCUGUCCUUCCAGGAGGUGACAUGGCUAUUGAAGUGUUCGAUCUCCCUGAAAAUGAUGACAUGUUCUCCCCCAGUGAUGUGGACACCAGCAAGCUUGCUCACAAAUUCAAAGAGUUACAAAUCAAACAUGCUGUUACAGAAGCUGAAAUUCAGAAGCUGAAGACGAAGCUGCAGGCUGCUGAGAAUGAGAAGGUGAGGUGGGAAUUGGAGAAGACCCAACUCCAGCAGAACAUUGAGGAGAAUAAGGAAAGAAUGAUGAAAUUAGAGAGUUAUUGGAUUGAGGCACAAACCCUGUGUCACACGGUGAAUGAGCACCUCAAGGAGACGCAAAGCCAGUAUCAGGCUCUGGAGAAGAAAUAUAACAAGGCAAAGAAAUUAAUCAAGGAUUUUCAGCAAAAAGAACUUGACUUCAUCAAACGCCAGGAAGCUGAACGAAAGAAAAUAGAAGAUUUGGAGAAAGCACACCUUGCAGAGGUUCAAGGCUUACAAGCUCGUAUACGAGACUUGGAAGCAGAAGUUUUCAGGCUAAUGAAGCAAAAUGGGAGCCAGGUUAACAAUAACAACAACAUUUUUGAAAGGCAGACAUCUUUUGGAGAAGUUUCUAGAGGAGAUCCAGUGGAAAAUCUAGAUACUAAACAAGUGUCCUGCCUGGAUGGCUUAAGUCAAGAUUUCAAUGAAGCAGUGCCAGAAACGGAGAGACUGGACUCCAAAGCCCUGAAGACUCGAGCUCAGCUUUCAGUGAAGAACAAGCGGCAAAGGCCUUCUAGAACAAGGCUGUAUGAUAGCAUCAGUUCAACUGAUGGAGAGGACAGCCUUGAACGAAAGCCGUCAAACAGUUACAGUAGUCCCAUGCACAUUUCAAAAUCACCACUGCCCUUAUGCAUGAGAGCAUCCUCACCAGCAUCAGAUUCUGGUGCUUCCUCCCUCUCCCCCGUGGCUAGCAGUGCAGCAAUCUCACUUGACAACCUAACUGAAAACCAAGAAGAAGGACAGCACCACAAAGGAGGUGUCCUUUCCCCACAUGCUCGGGGAGGCACUCCACUUUCCUCUCCUUCAAAAUCUGGGCACAGCUCUGAAGCAUCUCCUUUGCAUCACCCAGCUGGCAGGAAUAUUUUACAGGAUAAAGAUGGUGCCACAUGUGCUCAGGCAGCAAGAACAACUAGCCCUACUAUAGGGCAUACAGAAAAACUAAAGCGAAAACUUGCAGAUCUUGGGGCUCCCUUGAGAAGGAGUUCAAACAAGGGCAAGAAGCGGAAAGAGAAAGAAGCUAUUAGGGUGACCUAUGGCAGUAGGAUUGCCAGAGAGAUGCUGCAGAAAUCAGCAAACACUAAAUCUUUAGCAGAGCGAUCCUCCUCUCUCCCACACUGUGUACCAUUCAUGUGGUACGGAGAGAGUGGCAAGGGAUCCAAUUCUUCUAGCAACCUGCCAUCACCUGCCAGCUCAACUGAACCUUCCUCUGAAAAUAUAAGUCCAGCUAAAAAAGGGUCAAAGAAUUUCACAUUCAACGAUGAUUUCAGUCCCAGCAGCACAAGUUCAGCUGAUUUGAGCGGUUUAGGAGCAGAACCUAAAACCCCAGGUUUCUCGCACUCCUUAGCACUGUCAUCAGAUGAGAUCCUUGACGAUGGACAGUCUCCUAAGCACAGUCAGUGUCAGAGUCGUGCUGUUCAGGAGUGGAGUGUGCAGCAGGUUUCCCACUGGUUAAUGAGCCUGAACCUUGAACAGUAUGUUUCUGAAUUCAGUGCCCAAAACAUUAAUGGGGAGCAUCUCCUUCAGCUGGAUGGGAGCAAGCUCAAGGCUCUUGGUAUGACAUCUUCCCAGGACAGAGCAAUCAUUAAAAAAAAGCUAAAGGAAAUGAAAGCAUCCUUGGAGAAAGCUCGCAAAGCUCAAGAGAAAAUGGAAAAGCAAAGGGAAAAGCUUCGGAAGAAGGAGCAAGAGCAACUGCAGAGGAAAUCGAAGAAAACAGACAAGUCUUCAGCAGAUGCAACAGAGGGCACUAAUGAGCAGUGAUAAGCAGAAGUGCUGCUGUGUUAGGAAAGUGGAGGCACUUCAAGGGAAGAGAAACUCAUAUCCACUCUGGUGCCCCUUCAGCUUUCUUGUAUUCAUUACACAAGAGUGUGUACAGAGAAAUGGGGCUAUACAUAGAAUGACUAGGGAAAUUUAUAUUGUGUAGUUUUAUUUUCCCGCAUACCCAGUUCACGCUCGUUGUUGUUGCCAUGUGAAACAACCCCAGCCCCUCGGUUUGUUUUGUUGUUGUUGACAGCUAACAGAUUUCAUAUUUGUGUGGCGGUGUUUCCUUCCAAACUACUCUUCUCUAUUGAGCUCUCUGUGUUUGGUCACUUCAGUAACCAGCAUGAUGCCGAGGAGCAUGGUCCACUGCUUCACCUCUUCUGAAUAGGAUGGCCAGUCAAAAUGAUUGGUGAACGUUUCUUCAGCUGGGUAAAAGGAGUUGUGCUCUGUCUGAUAAAAGUUGACCUAACUUUCUAACUGGAAGUUCAGCUUCUUUACGGUGUUUGGAUACUCAGUUCCGUCUGCUGGAGUAAGUUUCAUCUUGCGUCAGUACCUUGAAGCGACAGUACUCUGGAAACACAGCUGUUCAGUGACUUUUUAUUAUACACUGGAGAUAAAGACAGGAGAGUCGAUAUUCCCCCUGGGCAAAAAAGACAGGAGGUGAAACUCUUUCUGUUAACUGUACAAUAGUUAAUCCAGGAAGGAGGCAAAGCCUUAACUGAUUUUGUGGGUUUACACAGAAAUCUGAGGAUAACAUUUAUCCUUUAGAUAUCUGAGCAAGGAUGAAUUUCUAACUAGAGCACAGCGUAUAGAUCUGUAUAAAUUUCAUUGUGCCCCCAGUGUGUAGGCAACUUUCUUAUAGCACACUCCGCUUUCUUUUUCAUGUGUUUUGAACAGGAAACCGGGCUUGUUUUGUUUUGGUUUUUUUCCAAGAAAAACACCACAUCUUCAGAUUCAUUCCCCAACAAGCAUUGGGAGAAUAACCUUUGUGCUGUGCUGUUAUGAAACUGUUGUUGAAAACGAUUAUCAAACUUGAGUCUGCUGAAGAUUUUCAGUUUUUACAGAAGUGCACUUUAAGAAGAGGAAGACGAGGGAUUCUGGUUAAAAUUAAAUUCAGUACAUUGCUGUUAAGAUCAAUGCUGCCAUGGAGGUGACAGUUACUAAAUCCAAAGCUGCCAUAUAUUAACUGUUUUGAUCGAUACAUUUAAAGAAUAUCCCCACCAAAACCUGAAUUUUUGGGCAUAGGUUGUAGAAUGUUUUGAUGGCUUAGCAAUGGCCCUAUUACAUCCUUCAGAGAUUUCCUUUUUCCUGGUAUAUGAGGCCAUCGGUGAAGCCUGCUGUGUAAUUUUGACGAUGACAGAAGCAGUGUAUAGCUUGCACUGCAUGGUGUUACUGCCUCUUAAGAGCGGUAUUAAAAUACUCGGUAUUUCUUCAAAAGAAUGGACAGACAACAGGCAAAUAUCCACAACAAGAGGCUAGAGGUAUUAGCUUACUGCUUUGUAGUCAAAGCUAACUACGUAGCAGCAUUUAUAGUUGAGAAACGUCACUUCCCUUUCAUGCAUCCUGGAAGUUGCAGUCUUCGUCUAGUCAUGCCAACCCAUAAAUUGUUUAAGAUGUUGAUGUGAAGUUGGAAUCUUGAACUUAAAAAUUUGCCAGCCUAAAAAAUGCAAAUAUUGAAUUCUUUUGAAGAAAAUGUUUGUUUUAGUUUGGCUUGGCUUCUCUUCUGCUCUGUACUUCAUGGCAUUCAGAUUUGUGUCUGUAAAGUUCUCUGAAGCUCAGAUUUGAAACAGUUGGGGUGCAAUGUUUAUAGUUAAAUUUCUUUUGAUCUUAGUAUUUUCUUUGACAUGUAAAAUGGUCUGUAAACUGAGAGAGCCUAGUUCAUUCAAAAUUAAUACACAACAGAUCUACUUAGCAUUAGCUUUAUUUUUCCUUCCAAAUCCAAUUUCUGCAAGUUUCUGAUGUAUAUUUUAUUCAGAUCUAAAAAUGAAAUUGCCGUAAAAGGUACUUCCUGAUAUUUCUUGUGGUAUUUUUCUUGAGAUAGACCACCGGCAAAAAAAUACACCUGCUAACAAGAAUUCCACAUUGCAGCAAAUCUUUAUGCGCUCUUUGUAGGAGAAAAAUUAUACAAAUGUUUAACAGCCUCAUAAAACUAGUAUUCUGUUAUUUAGGAGGUUGUCAGUUUAUAUUUGAGUAAGAGAAGUUAUCUGGAAGAAACUGGAAAUUUAAUAUUUUAAAUACAAUGUUGAUAAAUGCAUUCGAUGAUUAUUUUCUUUUUAAAUUAUGUUUACAUUGUAGUAAUGUUUAAGCGGUUGUAUAUAGUAAUCUAAGGUGGUGUCCCUGUUUUAUGUUCUUUGUUUUCUUAGAAACCUGAGCAGACUUGUUGGCAUUAUACAUUGAGUUUUCAUUCUUGCUGCUUAGAACAGUGCCUAGUUAAUCUCUUCGUAAAUCAGAUUCUUAUACUGCAGAACAACUAAUUCAACUUAAGUCCUUUAAGUAUGCAGGGGGGUUUUAUUGCUUUGUGGUAAUGUUAUUUUGUUAUUCUUGGACUCAAAAAACCCAACAAAACCCUAACUUAAAAAAACCUAGUAGCUUAAAUUUAAAAUAAAACCAUAAAAUGCAUUUUGAUCAACACAUGAAAACUAAGCAAACCAAGCAAUGUCAAGAGUUGUGCUCUUCUUUCUGUGAUAAAAGAGAUUUAUGUGGUUCCUUUUAUUAAGUAUGGUAAUUCAUUGUCAGGACAUGCAGAAAUGUCACUGGAUAACAGAUGUAAAGCACAGUUUGAAACUUUUGUUACUGUUCUAUAGGACCUUUAAAGUUGUGUUGCAUUUUUUCCCCCUUGUAUUGUCUAAUGACAUAGAUGAAACAAAAGAUAUGGAUGUCUCAUCAUUCUUAACUUAAACUUCCUGUAAACCAAUGCUAAGUCAGACUAAUGUGGGGUUUUGAUGUAAUAAGAAACAAAUAUUCCAUGCUAAAUGGCUGGAAAGACUUUCUCUUUUGGCUCACCUGCAAAUGUAACUGUCAUCUACUUUUGCAUAUUUAUUUGUGGAGCUAAACCAAUUUUGAGUAUGCUGACUUGCCUGGCCACCUUUAAACUGCUGUGCAGGCAGUGUGGUGUUUCCACACCUCUAGCCGUGCGUCUCUGUCAUCUUUACACCUAGGUGACCACAGCAGGCUGGUGAAGUUGACUUCUCCCUGGUUACGAUGGUAGGCCAGUUCUGUAAACUCUAGGUCAGCUCAUUGCUGCGAUAUUGCCAGGUUGUGAAUCUGUUGAGCCUCUGAAAGGGUGAAGAAAGGAGAGUUAGCAAAAAAUGGAACUCUGAAAAAUAGAAAAUCAAAGAUACAACACUGCAGGUUACUUUAGUCCUAAAAAGCAUAGUGUUUAUACUGAGAUUGUGGAGAGAGUGGUGGCUCCUUGCUCUGUCCAAGUCAGCCAAACAUACAGACAUUACUUGCUUCCAGCUCGUAUUUUCCCGUGUGGUGGCGUGCUGCACCCCUGUGACUUCUGUGUUAAAACUCCCAAUUCGGUUUCAAUCUGCCCGGGCAGAUCAGGACCAGGGCGUGAGGGAGGAGCCGAACCUGUUCAUUGCAAUGCAUAGAGUAUUGCCCACUGCUGUUUGCAUUUCACCCACCACUCAGAGCAGGUCUGGUGGGGUGGCUGUAAGUGGAGCCUGUUCUAGAUCAUAGGUUGGAAUUGCACAGUGGAACAGAAGCCAGUAAUUAAAAAGCUGAACAGAGUUAGGUGAUGUUUUGUAUCUCAGUGUAUACAAAUGCUUUUGCAUUUUUUUAACUUUUUAGAAUUUUUUUGCAAAAGCAUCUAUUGUGCCAUGACUCUAGUCUGCUGCAGGGAUACCACAAGAAUUGAGCUUUUACUAGAAUUACUGAGCAGCUUUCCCCUGAAGCUUGCCAGUCCUCAGCUCUCAUUGACAUUCAGAGGUGCUUGACACUGAGCAUCGGGGUUCCUCAUACUUCAUUGCUUCCAUCAAAGCCUCCUGUCCUCCUGAGCUGCUCCACCUUCACCUCCUGGCUCACGUGCUGGCGAGUAAGAGGUGGGCAAUGUUCUGUGAUUUUUGAGAAUGAAUUGAGUUCCACUUUUAAGUCAGAUAAAGAAAUGCCACUCUUGUUAAUAGUGCAGAAUCCAGUUCUACAGUAGGAAGGAAGAGGAUCGUCAUUUAGUUGGGUACGACCAGGAAGUACCAUUCCAGGUACCAACACAACACUGAAAAUCAAAAGGAAAGGUUUGCACAGCUGUAGCUCUUUACAGCAUCCGCACUGCAGUCUGUGCUGUUUCUCGGUACUGAAAUUUGCAAGAAUUAAGUCUUCUGUUGAGUUCUUAGCCGUGUGUUUACAGGGAGAAAAUAUUGUCAAGGCAAAAGUAAAACCUGAUCUUGCUCCUUUUAGGUGUGGCCUCGUCCCCUGCACUAUCAUUAAACUAAGCGAUAGAAGGGCUGGACCCUUUUAAUACCACUUCCCUCAUUGUGUGCUCUCUCUCACUUGAAAACCUCAGGAAACCUGUGUCGUGGUCCAAAACACUGAAAAAACAAUUGUUUGAAAAAAGCAGCACAUAUUUAAUUAAGUUGUAAGUCUUUAACAGUCAAAGUGGGCAGAGUGCACAGAGCAGUUAGAUGGUUUUCAUUUAGUUUUGUUAAAUUAGUGAUUGAAAAUAAUGAAGUCAAUUAGUCUUUCUAAAAAUGUUUAAGUGAUUUGUGGCUUGAUUCCCUCUUUAAAAAAAUAUGUAUGGUUUUGUGUGUGUACAUACAUAUGUACAUACAUGGAUAUUCAUACAGAUUUACGCUGCACUAGUAGCAGGCAGCACAUAGGUAGCUGUGCGUUACAGGGCUGUAGGCACACAGUCUGCGCGGUAGGCAGAGGGCCCCGGGACUGUCUACAAGCUCGGAGGAGCAAAGCGCUACCCCUCGGUCUCACCGGCGUGCUCACCCCUGUCUGUGCUGGUAGCUUUGCUCGCUCUUUUCUUGUGGGGUUUUAUGUAUUUUGCAGAUCGGAAGAUUUUAAAGUUUUGUUAAAACCAUAUGCAGAAUGGUCCGCUGCAGGUCCUUCUGCAUGUUGUUCUCGGAUUGGUUUUUUUGGGGUGGGAGGUUGGCAGGAUUGAUUUAUUGGAGUGUCAGUAUUCUAGGAAGGAAACCCUUUUUUAUAUUUUUAACCCUAACUUCGAUUUCUAUUGGAGCGCUUUCAGCAGCUCGUUUUUGAGCAGGAUUAUGAGUGACAUCCGAGGUGACUUACCCACUCACCGCACUGGAGCGUGGGUCAUCUGCAGAUUGCACAGUCCCUUUUGUUAACCUCCCGUAUGGAUUUUACUGUACUUUUUCCACCUGUAAAACUGAUUUUUCAAAGCUGUGACACCUUAGUCAUGACAUUGAGCCCUCCGAUCCCUCAUUAUAAAAUGAGCUUUCUGUUACUAACCGGCAGUACUAACUGGUACUUUUGCUGUCGGCAUUAAGUAGUGAUUUAAAAAACACGCAUCUUACUGGAAGGUUUGGCGGUAGUGCCUUGAGCUGCCUGUUUCUUUGGGAAGUUUGCACUGUGUUAGGAACGGGCCGUAGGGUUUGUGAAACCUGGUCUGCUGAGUUAAGCAGGUUUCCUCGUCCAGAGCGGGGAGAGGUGAGGAGGGCUCGCAGCUCAUGAGAUCGGGUCCAACCCGCGUAACCCGGGAGCCUGAGCCUCCUGCCGGGUUUUCAGUGGGAGCUUUGUCACCGACACCAGUGGAAGCGGGUUCGGGCCCCGGUGCAGAAGCGUCUGAAGGCAAGGGGGAUCCCAGGGCACCAGGCGUAAGGAGUAACCAGCCCAUUUGGAGGUGGGGAGUGCAGAGUGAACCUCUUCUGACUCUAUACUUCCCCAUACACAUUUACUGUAUGAACAACUGCUUUCGUAUUUUCCAGUCAUGUUGCAAUGGUAACUCACUGGCCACUGACAAGUGUUAGACAUAUUGCUAGAAGACCAGGCAGCUAAAAGACUAAAAUGCACUGUGCUCACUGUAAAAAUUGGCUUCUUACAUUGUUUCUUUUUAUAUGGUUGAAGAGGUGGUUGCGCUUCAGAUUUUUUCCUUUUUCUUUUCUUUUUUUUUAAAGAGGUCAAAUGUAUAUGAAGUGCAUGUUAUCCUGAACUUUUUGUUUGUACAUCUUGGUGUCAGAUCAUCUGCAUGAAAGACACAGUAGUGCCAUGUCUGAGCUUGUUCUCUUGUGCUUGGUUGAUAGGACCUUCUCUAGAUUGUUGAGUUUUCCCCAAAAUAACUUUGGUUAAUAUUUAGUUAUUGGGAGACAUGAAAACAAAACAUCAUGGUGGCCCUUUGUUUUCUUACAGUUUAAAUACAAACAACAAAGCCUUGUGGUUUAAAGUUAAUUUGUUAGUGUAAAUAAAUUUCUUGCCAAUGAGUAUUAUUGUUGUUAGACAACGAAUGCAAUAAAAUGAGAAAUCCUGAAUCUUUAUUA